GAGGACUGAAACACUAAAUGAAGAGGGUACAAUUUUAUUUUUAUUUUGUCGGAUUUUUGGAAUAAAUAUAGGCGAAAUGGAUUGUAAGGUAGAACAAGAAGAAGAACGGGAAGUACUUCGUUCUAUUUACGAGGAAGACGAAAGAUUCAAAGAGAUAAAUCCCACUACAUUUCAGUACAAGUUUGGUGAAGAUGGUCAUUUCAAGUCAUUCGUUUUAGAAAUAUCAUGGACUGACAAUUACCCCGAGAAUGCUCCGAAUAUCAACAUGGAUGCCUUUUAUAAUAAGCACCUCCUUGAUAAAGUCAAGGGAAACAUCAUAUCAAGGUUAUCGGAACAAUGUGACUUAAAUCUUGGAUGUGCUAUGACAUACUCGUUGUUUGAUUGGACAAAUGAACAUUGUGAAGAAUUGACUGAAGAACAAGACGAGGCCCAGCAACCAUUAGAAGCACCUGAGUCAUCAAUAGAAGAAAAAGAUAACCAAGAUAAUGAACAGAAAGCCGAAAAAACAGAAAAGAAAGAAAAGCUAACAAAAAACCAAAAGAGAAAACUUGGGAACAGAUUGAAUGCUAAAGGAGAACUUGAAAGGGGAUGGAACUGGGUUGAUAUUGUCAAGCAUCUCAGUAAAACUAAACCUACUUAGCAAAAAAGACAAGCAUAAAUCAACAAAAAAAUAGUUUAAAUGCUACCGAAUGGUAGAUGAGAAAUGUUUCAAUGCAUAUUACUUAACUUUAGCCUUGAAUAUUUGCUGUUGAAUAUUCUGGAAUACAAUUCCUCCACUGCAUAAAAAAUCAUCCUAAGACUGUUAACAGCCCAUUUUUCUUCUCCAGACUCAGUAUAAGCAACAAAGAUGUUUCCUGAAUGCCUUAA